AUGGCCUCCCUCGCCUCGCCCCCCUCCUACCCCCUCGCCAUCACCACCUCCCACCCCCACGCUGACCAACCGUCCCCCCUCCCCUCCCCCGGUCCAGCCUCGAGCGCAUCAGUAUCGGGCAAGUGGAAGAACGUCUUCAAGCUUGGGAAGGGCGCCUCGUCCUCGGUAGGGAGGGGGAAGGAGAACCGCCCGGCGUUACCGUCGACGGCGCCGUUACCGCUCGCAAUGCCGACGCCGCCUCCGACUCUUGGAGACGCGCCGGCGCAAGACACUGCGGCGAGAGAUCCUAGAGGCGCGCAGUUGCAGCAAAUGCGAGCUUAUACAGAACCAUACCAUUCCAAGAACGCCGAACCCUUAGGGGCGGGGGAGGGGGGGAGGGAAGACGGGUCGACGGAGAGCGUUUCGGUGAAUCUCGGCGUAGACUCUGGUAGGGACAGGGGUGGCCAGACCCCGCCGUCGGCGUCGACGACAAACUCGGAUAUGGAGGGGUCGUAUUUGGGUACGACGGAUGCGACGUCUGUAGCCUCGGUGGAGCGUAAUGGUACUUCUCUCACUCAGCAGCAGGGGGGCAAACCCAGAACCCAACCAUCCACCGAAUCCAUCCCCGCCCCCACAUCGACAUUCUACUCUUCCAACAACGUCUCCAACGACGGUCCCAGAAACUACUCUGACACUGCCUCCGUCUCCACAGCAGACAGGACAUCGCAUUCGUCCGCCUCUCACGCUUUAUCGCCUGAUGCUGCUGGUGCGGGUAUCUCGACGACACAGGGGUACGGUACGCCCUCGUCCCGCUCGGCGAGUGGGAAUUUCGGUAUGGGCAGCUUUAAGAGCCGGUUCUUUACUACCCCCAUCUCCACUUCCACGUCUACGUCUACAGGCGGUGGGAAGAAGGACAAGUCGGAAAAGUACCGCGGGCUGGGUAAAACCCCCGACGGCCAUUCGAGCACCACAAUGUCCUCUUUCGCCUCCUCCCACUCACCUUCCACUACAAACUCUCCCCAUACCCCCGCUACACCCGCCACCCCAGCAACACCAGCAACACCAGGCAAGAAACGCGACCCCUCCAGCCAUUCGUCCAGCUCGAAACGCAACCUUUCUUCGGAAAAGUCGAAUGGCAGCAUGUCGCGCUUUUUGAGGAGGGUGGUGUCGGCGCCGAAUACGAAAGCGCUCUUUGGGAAUAACGGUCUCUUCCAAGAUGCGCCUGAAGUACCGCCUUUACCCAAUAGCUCUGGUGGUGGUAGUGGCAAGCAAGGGCAGGGGCAGGGGCAAGGGCCGGUGGUGAUUCUGGGCGGACAGGUGGGUCUGUCAGCAUCGCCGAUGAACGAACACCUACCUACCGGCUCGCCAUUCGGUCCUACGCCGGGUACGACGCCUACUCCGUCACCCUUCAAAUCCAAAUCCAAAAACCCCAACCAACAUCUCUCGCCUACAUCCCCUUCCCCCUCCCACGCUCACGCUCAAACGUACCCCUCCCCCUCCCCUUCCGCUCCAGGAGGAGGAGGCGGGUUGACGGUACUGGGUACGAGGGCGAGUCGGGCCAAGACGACGGGUACGAGCCCUAUACCGAAGAAUGUGCGGGAAUUGCAGCAGGGGCAGUUGGGUGUUGGUGCUCCCGGCGGCGGCGGAGGAGGGGUAGGAGGAGGGGGGGAGAGUAAGCAUAAGGCGGUGUUUAAAAGGACGUAUUCGAGUAAUUCUAUCAAGACUAGGACUGCCGAAGUGACGGCAUCAUCAUUCCAAAAGAUCAAGUUGCUCGGCAAAGGCGACGUCGGUAAAGUCUACCUCGUCCGCGAGAAGAGAUCCGACAAACUCUUUGCCAUGAAAGUCUUGUCCAAAAAAGAAAUGAUCAAACGCAACAAGAUCAAACGCGCCCUCGCCGAACAAGAAAUCCUCGCCACAGCGAACCACCCCUUUAUCGUCACCCUCUUCCACUCGUUCCAAUCCCAGGAAUACCUCUUCUUCGUACUCGACUAUUGCAUGGGCGGCGAGUUUUUUAGGGCGCUGCAGACGAGGCCGGGCAAGUGUCUGAGUGAGGAGCAUGCCAAGUUUUAUGCGGCGGAGGUGACGGCGGCGUUGGAGUAUUUGCAUUUGAAUGGGUAUAUUUAUAGGGAUUUGAAGCCUGAGAAUAUUCUUUUGCAUCAGUCGGGGCAUAUCAUGCUUUCAGAUUUCGACUUGUCAAAGCAGUCUGGUGAAGCUGGUGGUGCGCCUGCUACAAUCAGGCAUGGUGGUCCCAACGGCCAAACGAUCCUGGUGGAUACCCGCUCUUGCAUCGCCGACUUUCGAACCAACUCUUUCGUCGGUACAGAAGAGUACAUCGCGCCAGAAGUCAUCAAGGGGAACAGUCAUUCGUCGGCUGUUGAUUGGUGGACUUUGGGUAUCUUGGUAUACGAGAUGAUUUUCGCUACCACCCCUUUCAAAGGCCCGAACCGAAACGCCACCUUUGCAAACGUCAUGAAAAACGACGUCCUCUUCCCCGACCCCCCCUCCUCCUCCCCCAGCUCCAACACCCCCAUCUCCUCCUCCUGCAAGAGCUGUAUCCGCAAACUGCUCAUCAAGGACGAAAACAAGCGACUCGGGUCGCAGAGCGGCGCGAGCGAGGUCAAGCAGCACAAGUGGUUUGGCAAUCUGAGCUGGGGACUGUUGAGGAAUAUGACGCCGCCGAUUAUACCGGAAGAGUCGAAUGGCAUUGAUACGAUCAAUUUUAGGCCGUUGAGGGAGAGUAAGAGUUUGGACUUUGAUAAAGAUGAGCUGACGGCGGAUAUCAUCCAUGCACAAGCGGGGAACCCCUCGGUAUUCGGCGGAAGCACUCCAGGCAUGCUCACGCCGAAAGAACUCCAACCCACGCUCCCUUCGGCACUUCCUUGCUCAUCGACGAGCAGUCAAGUGGGGGGCGAUACGAGUCUAGCAGGGAGCGUCGCGAGCGUCGCCGUGAGCACCGACGGCUCCGGUCCCGGUUCCGGUUCCGGCUCCGCUCCCACAAAUGGAGGACAGCAUUCGAGUGCUAGUGGCAGUGGCAGUCUGGGGAAGAAGAGUGGGCAGGCGCUGAGCCCGUAUGAUCUGGAGAAGAAUCCGUUUGGAGAGUUUAGUAGUGUCACGAGAGAUUUUGGGGGGUACUGA